AAUUCGAUAAAAAAUAAAAAAGAAAUAAAAUUUAUGGCUCAUCUCCAUCUCCAUCUCCAUCUCCAUCUCCAUCUCCGCUCCUCACUCCCCCUCCAUCUCUCCAAAUUCUCCAAGUUCCGAAAUUUCCAAACCCUAAGAUUAAGAAACCCGGGCUCUAACAAGUUUUGUCGGAAAUGGCGUUUACUUCCAAUUUCUGCUUCACUUCCUCAACUUGAUUUGACUGAAGACAACAUCCGGAGGGUCUUGGUUGAUGCCAAAUCAGAGCUUGGCCAGAUUUUUGAUGGAUCAGUUGGAAUAACAGGCCAAGUUGAUCUAGCUGAAGUGGAUGGGCCUUUUGUGAAGCUUAGCCUCAAGGGCCGCUUCUGGCACAAGCGUGUCACUGUUCUUGAGCGAAUCGGUACUUAUCUUAAAAAUAGGAUCCCGGAAAUUUUGGAGGUGGAGAUUGAAAAUGAGAAACAACUAGAUGAUAGCCCAGAGAACUUCUGAGACUGUUGUGCUUAACAGGUUGCAGAACAACUGAUGCACGAGCUGAAUGAUCAGUGUCAUAUUUUAUCCACCUGAUGCUUUGGACUACCAUCUCGACACCAGAAGUUUGAACAAUUCAUAGAAUUCCGCAUGCCAAAUUCUGUGUGAAGUUUUGUUGUAAAGUUCUGAUCAUUGUAAAGAUCAAUGUAACUCAAAUACCAACUAUUAAGAGAAGUACUAAAUCUCUUUGAUGUUCAGAAUAUUUGUAUGAACACUCACACUGAUCAAUGAUAGAAUCUUAAUUGGAAGGCGUAUACAAGCCUGCA